AUGCAAAUCGUGGUACAUGAUCCACCGCUGGGGAAUUUGCACGAUCGGGAUGAAUCUGGCGAAACACCCUUUUUAAGUGCGGCUAAAUCGAUGGGAAUUGGAAAUGAGGGCUGGAUCGGACCAAUCGCUAUUAGGCGUAAUAACUGCAAGAAACUUGCACAGAUAGAGGAGUUCCUUUACUUGCUUCUGAAUCAAGGUUGUUCGGUUCAAGAUUCAAAUCUCUACGUUGAAAUAGACAGACCUGAGGAGUUCGACCAAUUGCUAUAUGAUACAGUUCUCGCUGCCGCCAUUCCCCACGCAAGCUACCAGAUGGUACCGCGUCUCAUUGCCGAAGGUGCUGAUAUCUAUGCUCGGCCAGAAGGGUGGCAUGGUCGUAUGCCUAUCUGUAAAGGUGGGCGAGUGACCGCUAUGCAUAUCGCAAGUAUCUAUUGGAAUCUCGAGGGGAUGCAAGCGCUCAUAGAUCAUCCCGGCGAGCCUGGCGCAGCAAAGAUGGUCGCCAUCGUCGAUGAUGCCGGUCAAACUCCACUCCACUGGGCGCUACGUGGCGAACGGGUUGAUCGAAGUAUGGAUGACAAGAAUGACCAAGACGAGAUCAUAGCUCAUAUAAUCCGUGCUACAGAUUUAUUGAUCAACGCCAAUCCAGAUACGGUCAACAUGCGAGAUAAUACUGGGUCAACGGUAUUCAAUUACGCACUAAUGUCCUAUGUAGCUUCAGAGAGUAUCAUAUCGGUGAUCAAAUUACUUUUGAGUGCCAGGCCGCUUCCCUAUAUCAUCAAUGCCCGCGACAAUAUGGGCGACACGGCGUAA